AUGGCGGAAGAUGACGGCUGUGAAAUAUGUGGCUCGACGGAUUUCGCAGUCGACGAUGACGGCCGCACAUACUGCGCCAACGGACACGAUCAAGGCCGUGGACCUGUCACCGCUGAAGACGACCAGGACUUUGUCCGAAAAGGCAAGGUAGUGAGGAAGAAGGAGAAGAAAGUCAAGCAGAAAAUCUCGAAAAUCCUUCGAGGCGCCAAAGCAUACCAGCUAUACCUACAAGCAUGGCAGUACAUUCUCUGGAAACAGAGCUACACGCUCGUCCAUCAACUUGGGCUGCCAGCAGACCUUUGGACCGUUGUCCGAGAUCUCUGGUCUCUGUGGUUAACGAAGCUCGAGUCGCGACUGCAGAACGACGCGCCCACCUCAGGUCCAGACGCGUCGGAGAGUGAAGGCCAGGUCAAGGACAAGAAGUCCGGUGGUGACGAAACAGACACGGACGGCGACGGCGACGGCGACAGAGAUACGGAUGCAGAAGCGGCUGAUCGUGGGUCUGGUCAUCGCAGUGAUGGAACAAAUGAUGCCGUGAAGAAAGGACCUGGCCUGAUUGACACGGUCGUGCUGAACUAUCUCGCUAUGAUUCUACUACGAUGUCCCAUUGAGCUGGCGACGCUGCUCAGCUGGAUUCAAGCAGAAACCAUCGUCUACAUCCGUGCAAUCAGAUUCAUCCCACAAGGCAUGAAAGACAAGUUGCCAAGUGAGUACCACGCGGCACUCGACACACCGACUCGUCUACCUGGGCCCGACGACCUGCAGCUCGCCGUAUACCGACGUGCGCAGAUGUUCGAUCUGUUCUUCGGCAUGGUCACGCCACCGCUGAACCAUUUCCCGUUCUUCAUCUCGUACACGCGCUCCCUCGCCCUGCCAAUCGAAGUGUAUAGUCUCGCGUUGCGUCUCAAUAGGAUCACGAAGUAUGAGUUCGCGCAUUUGGAGCAACCUGCCACAGCAGCAGGGAAGGCAAAAUCAAUAUCACGCCGCAUUCCCCACCGCCGCCACGCAACGAGCUAUCCAGAAGCACAGAUAAUGUCGCUGAUCGUCGUGGCGACGAAACUGCUCCACCCAUUCGAUAGCGCAACAGUCACACGCCACCCAGAAUCCCCAAACGACCUCGCCACACUACGCAUGGACUGGGAAGUCUGGCUGGCUGCGAAGACGGAGAUGGAGACGGAAAUGGAAAACUCUCUCGACUCGAUGAAACCCGGCAGAGAAAUGUCCCUCACAGAUGCUGACGCGCUGAGCAUGACCGACACCCAGCUCGACCAGUAUCUCGACUGGUACCAGCGCAUGUGGCUGAACCCCAGCGCUGGAGAACAGCACUCCCACUCCCAAUCCCAAUCUCAUUCACACGGUCAAAAUCAGCCUCAAUCUCAAACCCAAACUCAAAACCAAGAACCCAACACCAUCGAUCAGACGAUCCUGAACCUCUUCCCACUCCCACUCCUCGCAACAGCCGAGAAGACCCGCGCCGAGCACGUCGCCGCAGCCCAGCAGCGCGAAACCUUGCUCGCGAAGCGCAUCGAACGCGUACAAGCAUCGCUGAGCCCCGUGCGCGCCAUCGCGCCCGCCGAGGAGGCGAAACACCACACACCUAUCCUGCGACCGGGCGCGGGAUAUCCGCGGUAUCGACGGGUACAGGACUUAAACCAUCGUGGGGGAAUAGAGAAAUCCGCUACCGGUGUCGACGCCGUCAGAGUAUUCCACGACGAAGCCGCGCACACAGCGUGCCUGAGUCUCGCGGCGCUGUUGAGGGCGGUGGCACGCACGGAGGAUCUUAUUGAGGCGUGGAAGCGCGAGAGGAGGCGGGAGGAGUAUUUUGCGGCGGAGGCGGCGGAGGAGGAAGAGCAGGAGGAGGGAGGCAAUGGGGACGAAUAUGCGAAUAAGCAGGAGAAGGGCAAGGCUAAGGCUAAGGCUGAGGCUGAGAACCCUGGACCUCCGCAUCCUUCGUCUAGCGCUGCGUUGGUUAGAGGCCUCGGCGACUUGGAUAUUGCGGACUUCGGGUCUCCUGCCUCUGUUCCGGCGGCGGGUUACGGUCCUCGGGACGGAGAGGAAGUUGGAGGGGGGGAUUUGAACGGUAGUGAUGAUGAUGAGGGGAUGGCCGAUGAGGAUGGCUACGAUGAACCAGGAGAGAACAGGGAUGGGCACAAUUACGGUGGAAUGGAUGUUGAUAUGGAGAUGGCAAUGGAGUAUUUGCCUCAGCUGUGA